AUGAAAGAAGCGUUUUUCCGCUGUCAAGCUUGCAACCAUUCAGUCCAAGUGGAUAUCGACCGCGGCAAGAUUGCCGAACCCACCAUUUGUCCGCGUCAGGCAUGCCAGGAGAGAAACUCGAUGGAAAUCGUGCACAACCGCUGUGUCUUUGCCGAUAAGCAGGUUAUCAAGUUGCAGGAGACUCCUGAUAGCAUCCCUGACGGCCAGACACCUCACUCAGUUUCCCUGUGUGUUUACGACGAGUUAGUAGAUGUGUGCAAAGCAGGUGACCGCGUUGAGGUAACCGGAAUCUUCCGAUCGAACCCUGUGCGAGUCAACCCUCGCCAGCGAACCCAGAAGACACUCUUCAAGACAUAUAUUGAUGUUCUGCACGUUCAGAAGAUCGAUCGCAAGAAGUUGGGCAUCGAUGUCUCUACCGUCGAGCAGGAACUUUCUGAGCAGGCUGCUGGAGAUGCUGAGCAGAUCCGCAAAAUCUCUGCUGAAGAGGAAGAAAAGAUCCUGCGGACAUCUACAAGACCUGACUUGUAUGAGCUUCUUGCUCGAUCACUUGCGCCUAGUAUUUACGAGAUGGACGAUGUAAAGAAGGGUAUCUUGCUUCAGCUAUUUGGUGGCACCAACAAGUCCUUCCAAAAGGGUGGUAAUCCACGUUACCGUGGCGAUAUCAACGUCCUCCUUUGUGGUGACCCCUCCACAUCGAAAUCUCAACUGCUCCGAUAUGGUUCAUCAGCCGUUGGUCUUACUGCUUACGUUACUCGUGACCCCGAAACCCGCCAAAUGGUUCUGGAGUCUGGUGCUUUGGUACUGUCUGAUGGAGGUGUUUGCUGCAUUGACGAAUUUGACAAGAUGAACGAAUCAACCCGGACAAGUAUUCUCGCCUCAGCAAACCCAAUUGGCAGCAGAUACAACCCGAACCUGCCGGUACCGCAGAAUAUUGAUUUGCCACCUACCCUUCUGUCUCGUUUUGACCUUGUAUAUCUUGUUCUUGACCGCGUGGACGAAUCGGAAGAUCGACGGCUUGCAAAGCACAUUGUCAACAUGUAUCUCGAGGAUAGACCGGAGAACGCGAGUGAGCGCGAGGUUUUGCCGGUUGAGUUUUUGACGGCCUACAUCACCUAUGCCAAGACCAAGGUGCACCCCGUUCUUACUCCGGCCGCAGGUAAAGCCCUCACCGACGCAUAUGUGAGUAUGCGUAAGCUUGGAGACGAUAUUCGCUCCUCGGACCGCCGAAUCACCGCAACUACCCGUCAACUUGAGUCCAUGAUUCGUCUGUCUGAGGCUCAUGCUCGUAUGCGCCUCUCUGCAGAGGUGACCGCAGAUGAUGUUGAGGAGGCCGUGCGCCUGAUCCGGUCUGCCAUUAAGCAGGCGGCAACCGACUCUCGGACAGGUUUGAUUGAUAUGAGUCUACUCACCGAAGGCACAAGCGCAAGCGAGAGACGAAACAAGGAAGCUUUGAAGCGCGGCAUUCUAGGAGUGAUAGAUGACUUGGCCAGUGGAGGCGGCGCGGCUCGCUGGGCGGAAGUUUAUCGGGUCCUAAGUGACCAGGCCAGCUCUGAGGUUGAUAGCGCCCAGUUUACCGAAGCUGUUCGUGCGCUCGAGUCAGAAGGUAUUGUGAAUAUCUUGGGCGAAGGCGCGCGGAGGAGCAUCCGACGUGCGGCUGGCGCGGUUCUGUGA